AUGGACGCGAUGGAGGCAAGCGAAAGCGCGACAAGCAGACGAACACGAUACUUCAGUAUUGAAGAGGACGAGGCCAUGCUCAAAUAUUUGGCGGAGCGUUCGAAGAGCACACGGCUCCACAUGACGACUCUUUGGCAGGCGUUCAAAGAAGACAGCGGGUCGGCGCGAUCCUCGCACUCUCUAGCCGCACGGUAACUUCUUUUUGGGUGCAAUCCCAUAGUACUUAGGUAGAGAAAAGUUGACAGUUAGACGAACAAAGUAUUAGGAUUAAAAAUUGCGCCCAAAAAUUUCAGAUCUAUGUGACGUCUUCUGACUGUGAAAUGCACCCUCAAAGUUGUAAUCAGUCUCAUUUUCAGAUUCAAAGCGAAUUUAGCGUCGAGAAUUCCGGAAAUCCUCGGAAUUGACGAAAAAACAAAAGUGACGAUGCUUUUCGCGUCGAAUACGCCCGUCGGUGGCCAGUUUCUGGAGGAUUUGCGAAAGAACGCGGACGUGGAAUUGGACGAGAAAUGGCGAAUUGUCAAGUACAAAGAGCACGCGGAAGACGGACUCGAGCUCGUCGACGAAGCGUUCUUGCGGCGAUUCACAGAAAAGGAGGACGCCGAAAUUGUGCAGUUUGUGGCCGACAAGGCGAAGGAUUCAGCGAAAAGGCUGUCAAUGACGGCCGUCUGGAGCGAGCUGGAGACCUCGGGACUCCUCAAAAGGACGGCCACCGCUUUGCAGACUAGGUUUUGGAUUCAAAUAGAAAAUAAAUCGCAUCUUGCAUCGUUUACAGAUUCAAAAAUCACAUUGCCCGAAAAAUUCAUAGAAUGGAGGAGAUUCCUGUGGAAACGCGAGUGCGCAUGCUGUUCGCGGCAAGCGUUCCCGUCGACGAGCACUUUUUGAGCAUUCUGAGACACUCGGCAGAGGUGACGGUCGACGAGAAGGGCAAAUUGUUGUUUUAUAAAGCGGCGAACGGAACGGAGCUCAGAUCGAACGCCGGAAUAAAACGGAAAAGGGCACAGAUGGCGAUGGACGCGAAGCGGAGGGCCGAGAAGCCGCCGGUCAUAGACAUGGAGGCGAUGCUCCGUGGAUUGGGACUCAACCUGGCGCACAUAAAACAGGAGACACCGCCGGUGACAGAGAGAGUCGAAAGCGAUAGUGACAUGUCGUUGAGCGAGGUGGAAAUCGAAGAGAACUCGGACACCGAACAUCAUCCGAUGCGUCUCGAGCAGUUUCUGGAGAAGGAGAACCCGGAGAUGGUGACAGUUCGUGUCAAGCAGGAGCCAGUCAACGAGCCGGAGGUUGCGGUGCUCUCCGAGCAAUGUCCUCUGUCUGUCAUGUCUGCAGGCCCCUCGCCACCUCCCCCGGUCGCUCUAGACAAUUCGGUUCAGAAAAUCGAUGAGCUUAUGACGACGAUGAAAUCUUUUAUGAUGCAACAACUGGUCAGCACUGGGUACAAUCAUCUGUUUUCUCACUUUUUUUCAAACUUUUGAUUCAGAUCCGCGCCACAAGUCCCGGCCAACAGCUCCGCGACCAAGAUGUACAGCAUGAAGUCAUUCCUCCUGCUCUUCAAGGGUUUCGUGUUUGGAAUAGAUGUGCCGGAGCUGGCGGAAUAUCGGCAGAUACUGAACAAAGCACUUCAGGAGCCGAUGGACGAGCAGGUCUCGCUGGACAGAGUCGUAGCGUAUGUCGGCGCGUUCUUUCCCGAGUUUCUUCACGAGUACGCCACUUAA